CCAGGCUCCACCCACCGGCCCGGCCUGAUCCUCACCGCCCUGGUUGUCAUGGUGAGCCUGGGCGCUCCAGUGGAGUCCGGAAGUCUCUGAGCAGGCUGUGCAAAGCUUCGCGCCCCGAGAGACUCACGUUGCUAUGGUGAUGACUCCGCGCGGGGCCCUGUGCCAUCAGUUUCUGCGGACUGGAGGAGGGUCCAGACCCCGCCCCUGACGUCGGGAUUCAAGAGCUGCGAGCCAGUCCCGCGAGGCCCGCGCGUUGCUGUAGUGAUUUGCUGCAGCCAGCACGCCGGAACCCGGUCUUUGCAGCUUCGUCUACAGAACACUGGAAGAAUGAGGUCAUCUUGGACCCCUUUGGGGCCCCCUGUGAGCCAGGACCGUAUCAUCACCAGCUUCCCUAAGUGGUACACACCUGACGCCUGCCUGCAGCUCAAGGAGCAUUUCCACAGCCAGGUCAGCACUGCCUGCCAGCGCAGGAACACGGGCACUGUUGGGCUGAAGCUCUCCAAGGUGGUGGUAGUUGGUGAUCUCUAUGUGGGAAAGACUAGCCUCAUUCACAGGUUGUGCAAGAAUGUUUUUGACCGUGAUUACAAGGCCACUAUUGGGGUAGACUUUGAAAUUGAGCGCUUUGAGAUUGCGGGGAUUCCCUACAGCCUCCAGAUUUAUAAAGAAGGACAGAGUCGGUCCUUGUGUGCCAGCCUUGGCUGGGACACAGCCGGGCAGGAGAAGUUCAAGUGUAUUGCGUCUGCCUACUACCGCGGUGCCCAGGUGAUCAUCACAGCCUUUGACCUCACUGAUGUGCAGACUCUGGGACACACCAGGCAGUGGCUGGAGGAUGCACUGAGGGAGAAUGAGGCAGGCUCUUGCUUCAUCUUCCUUGUGGGAACCAAGAAGGAUCUCCUGUCGGGGGCAGCGUGUGAGCAAGCCGAAGCAGAGGCUGUGCACCUGGCCAAUGAGAUGCAGGCAGAGUACUGGUCUGUGUCAGCCAAAACCGGAGAGAACGUGAAGGCAUUCUUUAGCCGUGUUGCCGCCCUAGCAUUCGAGCAGUCUGUACUUCAGGACCUAGAGAAGAGGCCCAGCGCUCAGUCCCAGGUCGGGGACGGAGAUGGAGACCUAAUCCGAAUAGAGGCACCCAAGACCCAGGAGACCAGGAGGCCACCUGGCCUGGGCUGCUGUUAGCUGAGGCCAGCCUCAGAGCCAUCUACUCCCUGCAUACACACGGGGUGACAUGGAGCCCAAACUCUGCAGCAGAUGUGCUUUCAAGCUGGAGAAGGCCUGUGUCUCCGGGGCUCAGCCGUUUCUCUUUGGCCCAGCCCCACUGGCUGCCGGGGCUCCAUAGUGUCUGGCUGGUUAGGGAUGGCCACUGGGGUGAGCCUUCCCUCCAGGGUCUUCAGACAGUCACUGUGGUCUCAAGAGGCUUCAAGACUGCAAUCUCAGGACACUCAGGGCUAGCCCACAUCCCUUACCCGAUCAUAUCUGCAGUCACCCUGGAGCCCUUCCCUGCUGAUCCUAGGUGAGGCCUCUGAACCCCCAUCUCCAUGUUCUAAGCACCAAGACUUGUCAGAGUAGGCGAGUACAACUCACCUGCCAGCCCACCUUCUCUCAUCCAGAAGACAUGGAGUUGUAGGUCUUGGAGCUCAGGACCUAGCUAUCCACCGUCCCUCUGCCACAGAAUUUCAGGACUCUUGAGUUCCGCUGUUUAGCACAAUGGACAAAGUCCCAUCUGGACGCUCUGGCAGAGUCCUGCCUCCAUCCCUGCGAUCCCCCAUGGCCCUGCCCUGCAUGUCAGAAGCUGAAUCGUCAUGACUCUGCCGAGAGAUGACAAUUGCAUGGUGUCCCUCUGGUAACUCAUUCUACAUCCCCAAGCCUAACCCUGCCUUGCACUGUCACCUGUGCCCAUCCCUGCUGACCUACCAUGUGUCUCUCCAACUGUCCUGCAUAUCUCUCGGGACUUUGGCGAUGGUCCACAUAUCUCUGGAGGACUUGGGACAUGCAGACUCUAGCUUCUCUAACCCCUUCCUGCAUAUCAGCAGGAACUCUGCUCCCUACUUGGGUCCAGGGUCUCCCUACCCCCCACCCCUCACCCACUCCAUAUUCCUAUAGCUCUGGGUCUAGACUCAUGCAUCCCUGUCUUACUCCCUCCAUGAGAAGGUGGGCACAGCUGGCAUUCCUAGCUGCUGCUUUACCCCCUAUACAGAGUCUCAUGUAGCCCAUGCUGGCAUCCAACUCUGUAUGUAGCUGAGACUGGCCUUGGCUAUUAUUUUCUCUCCGUCUCCCGAGCGAUGGGAUUACAGACAUGUACCACCAUCCGCAGGAACACCUGCUUCUUAAGGAUGAUAAACAUUUGCAGGCAGCCAUGUUGGUCAGUGCCAUUUUCUAAGUGCCUGGCAUACCACACAUUUCCAUGACUGUUCAUUAACUCAGCGAUGGCCAAACAGCCGAGUACACUGGCAUAUUUUCCUGUUCCAUACCAGCAUUCAUUAGCUUUAUUUUAGUGCUCCCCCCCCCACACACACACACUUCUCUCUCUCCCUCCCCCC